UAUCUAGUUAACAGAAAAAUCCAGUUAUUCAAAUAUUGCAACUUGGCAUUAACAGGCUGUGGGUAAUAUUAGUAAUCUGUCCAGAGAGCUAGGGUGUAACCCUAAAACUAAGAAAAGCACCUGGAUGAAAAAAAAAAGUUCAUGCAUAUUUUAAAAUGAUUGUCAACAAGCUGGUCCUCCAAGUUGAAAUGAUUAGUAAGGAAUACAAAUUGCAAUGUAUUGCUUAUCAAGACAACCACUUUUCUACACAAACAAUUAGAAUUGUAAUCCAGAUUUUUUUUUCUUUUGCAGACAUGGGACCUUUUGAGAUUUAUGGUUUAUGGCUUCCUGCAGUUCAGUUGGUGGUUCAUGGCAGCCUGUCCUGAUUAUUUCAUCAGUCCUCUUAGAAUCAAUGGUAGUGCCAUUGAAUCAAUAUUUAGUGUCCUGAAAUAUACUGCUGGUGGAAACCUCUCUGCAAGCAAGUAUGGAUCUUUCCGCAGACGAGUCAUUACUGGCCGAGAGGUUAUCACCAACAGUAACUCAGAGCGUGAUUAUCGUGAUGACAUUAUCCUGGUGUCUGGAUCAUUUACAUCAAGUAGUGGGGGCUCAAGAAUGUCAUAUUCGGUACGACUGGUUUAUGAUCCUUUUGGUCUGAGUGAGAUAAAGCAGUUUUGCUUCUCAGCAAACCUCAGCCAGUCUACUAUUGGUGGUCGCCAAGGAAGCAACGUAUGCACCAUCAUAGCAUUGUUGGUAGGAUACCAGUUUGUCAAACUUACCCUGCCAGAGCUAACCUUGAGCACCCUACCAAGUCAGUGGUUUCAAGUAAUUGUCGACUCAAUGCUUGAGGGUAAUGCUCUGCAUGACCUUCUCUUUGAUGGAGAGGCCAGAAACCUUGACACUGAAGAUGCUGUCGAGUGCUGUGGAAAUGAUCUACACAUUUCCCAUUACAAUCAACCCAUUGGAUUUGAUUUGCGAUCUGGUGAUUUAUCACCCCUUGUCCAGUCAUUGCAAACACGAGCGGCCCAUCAUCAAAAGCAAGUUGCUGUGCUAAUCUCUGACUUUCAAAGUGUGGCACUAUUGAUCUGGGAGACAGGGGCCUUUGCCAUUGUUGACUCUCAUAUUCAUUGUCAGUAUGGAGCCCUAAUCUGCUAUGCACCAGCAGGGCAGACAAGCAGUACUGACAUUGUAACUUGGCUUUCCAAGAUGGUGCAGAAGUACUUUAAUGGAUCUUUGGGCUUAUGCACCCUUACAUUUGUUACAUAUGAUUGUACAUAAAUAAGUAGCCAAUUAAAUCAGAAAUUAGGCCAGGUUAACAAAAUUAUGCUAUUUACCUGAGCCUUUGAAUAAUAUUCAUUGCCAUGUAAGCCUUGUUUUAGUAGAAAACUGGUUUUUCUAAGGAGGAAAUAUCCUUGUUCACAUGUUGUAGUUCUGGUAUGUAAAAUUUGCUCUUCACAAGUACUGUAGAGGGCUAGUGGUCAAUAAUGUCACAUCAUUUCAUGUGCAUUUGUAAGUUUCAUUUUUAUCAUAAUUUCUCUGAUUUGGAAUGCAGAUUAAGUGUUCUUGUUGUUGCUAAAGUAAUGUUGUAGUUUUGAGUGGGUCUGCAACCCCAUUAAUGUCAUUAAUACCCGGGCUUUUCGUGUCGUUUUCUUGUUUACAUUUAUUAUGGGUUAUUAAGUACCAGAAACGUU